CAUUUGACAAUUAUUAGUCGAAGUGAUUGUUAAUCUUUAUGUGUUUUUCAUGCAGGCCAACUAACCCAAAUCACAGUUAAAUACCACAUCAAAUCGGAAGAAAACUGUCCAAAAUAGGUUAUUUUUUUGUUUGCAUUGGGUUAGUGGUGUAUUUUGUUGACCCGAACGUGACUAGAGUUCUUCGCCCGAAGUAAGCAAGUAGGAGAACAAGGAUAGUGACGUAGCUCAGUGGAAGAACGGGGCGAAUCGUUUUUGCGUUCGAGAAAAAUUUUGCUGUGAUCGCGGAAAAUACCAAUUAUCUGGAGUUGACACAAUGGCCGCGGAGAUCAAACCUGCACCACGCAGUGCAAACGAUCGUUUCAGUACGUCGAAAAAGCCGGAACUGUUGAACAAGCUGGAGGGCUGCAAUGAUGACGUGAACGCAGCCCUACUCAUUCCGGGAGAGGAAGGUGUUAUCAGCGUUUGUGAUGACAAAACAAUUCGAGUAUGGCUGCGACGCGACUCGGGCCAGUAUUGGCCAUCAAUCUGCCAAUACAUGCCAUCGGGUUGCACAUCUCUGUUCUACACACCGGAAACUAGGACCCUCUUCAUCGGCCAGGAAAACGGAACAAUUUCACAGUUUACGCUGUCCGAUGAUUGCAACAGACUGACACCGAUUCGCGAGUACUUGGCACAUCAGGCUCGUAUUACCAAUGUCAUCUUUGCCAAACAUACUGGCUGGGUUCUGUCAGCAGGACGGGACAAGUUUUUCGCGUUUCACAGCACCGAAACUGGUGAACGUCUCGGUUGUUAUACGUUCGAGGCCAUAUGCACAGCUAUGCAAUAUGAUUCUCUUUCCAAGUACGCAUUCGUAGGUGAUUACAGUGGCCAAAUAACUAUGCUGAAACUCAGUGCAACAGGCGCCGCUGUUGUAACCACAAUGAAGGGUCACGCUGGUUCGGUCCGGGCGUUGUUCUGGGCCGAAGGGCCGCAGCUUCUGUUCAGCGGAUCGUAUGAUCAAACCGUAAUCGUAUGGGACGUAGGAGGAAAACGUGGAACAACGUAUGAACUGCAUGGACAUAACAACAAAGUUUCCGCGCUGACAUACGCAAGCAACACACAACAGCUGGUUUCGGCCGGCGAAGAUUCAGUGAUCGUGUUCUGGGAGAUGAACGCCAUGCGAAAGGUGGCCCCCGAGUGGGUCGAAUCGGACACGUGCCAGUUGUGUACGCGAGCCUUUUUCUGGAAUCUGAGGGCGAUGAUCGACCAGAAGCAGAUUGGUAUUCGUCAGCACCACUGCCGCUACUGUGGCAAGGCGGUGUGUGACAAGUGUUCGAACUAUCGAAUCAAUAUUCCGAUCAUGGGAUUCGAGUUUGAUGUGCGUGUGUGCGAGCAAUGCUUCCAGCGAUUGAAAAGCGAAGAUCGACCCUCAUUGGCAACGUUUCACGAUGCCAAGCACAGCAUCGUGGCGAUGGAUUUGGACGAACCAAGAAAAAGACUGCUUACGGUUGGACAAGAUCGCAUCAUCAAAAUCUGGGACCUUUCAUCAAUCUGGCCUUAGGGUCACACUCCUCGCUGAUAGAAGUGCUGCUUCUCGGUUUGAUUUUCCCUUCGCCGACAGCUUUCCCCACAUAACCCACGUUGCCCAUACUACCACAGAAAAGAAAAGAUUACUUUCUGAAAAAAAUAUUUCUGGGGUGAGAAAGUUAUGUCCAGCUUUCACCUGUCAAGAUACCGGUUCGAUACUUCGAUUCUAUUCGGUUCAAAUGUAAACUCUUAGUGAUAAAUGGUUGAUCAAUGAUGCAGUUGUUUGAUGGGCACUUAAGUGAUUUUUAUAAAAAAAAUAGGGACAACUAGAGGAAACAAACUAUUGAAUAAGAAAUAAUCAAAUAGUUAUUUCAAUACAGUAAUAAAACUCACCUUUGUGUAAAAUAAAAAUAGUGGGGUACGUGGAAAGUGGAAAUAAUUGUACCAAAACUCGAGCGAUGUGAGACCGUUGUUUAGUGUAAUUUCACUGUAAGCUUCAACAGUAACGCUAUAACGAUAGUAGCCGAUAAGACUAGAGUAACUUUUGUAAUGUAUGGCAUCCAGAAGAAAAAGUACUAAUUUCACAUUGUUUCGUUGUAAAGUAUUUUAUUUUCAAGUAAUGAUAAACUGUAAGUUUGCGUUUUUUCGUUGUUAUCUGAAGAAAUUUAUAAUUUGUCUCUAUAACCAGUGAUUUUUUCUACAAACGUCUCUGCAUUUAAUGCUUAUUGUUGUUUUGCAUAAUUUGGAAAUGGUUUCAUUGGUACUCAUUUCGACGAAUAUUUACCAUCGUAUAGUAAUGGAAUUCCUGUAAUAAAAUAGGAAAUCGAAUGUAGAAAGUGUA